GGUUUGGGCCAAUUCCUGAUUCUUUGCAUAAGAAAAGUGUUGCUUUCAACGCAGACAUAUACUUUUGGAGUAACUUCUCGAAAUCCGCCCACUUCUAUCCCGGGGAAGGAAUAAGAAAGAAAGGCAGUUAUCUCCUUACCCCGUAGUUUGGCUGCAUCCAACAAGUUUGUGUACUACAUGUUCGUUGAAUCGCCUCAAUGGCGUUCAGCUCGUGCCUAAACUGCCAUACCUGGACUCACUCCCAGAAUCUGAACCAACCAUUCCCCUUCCAUCCAUCUCCAGAGCCCACUAAAUCCAUUUCUUUCAUAUUUUCAGGACUCACUUCUCUCUCAGCCUCCAAGCCAUCUUCUUUAUCCUCUAUAUCUCAGCAGCAACUGUCGCCGGAUUUCAGCUCAAAGCAACUCCCUGACACCCUUCGUCGUGAAGAUGAUGAAACAUCAGCGCUUCGGCUCUUUGAGUGGGCUUUGGAGCAGCCUAAUUUCGCACUCGCUUUGCCAGUAUACGAGGAAAUUCUUCGUAAGCUUGGGACUGUAGGGUCUUUCGGUAGAAUGAGGCAAAUUUUGGAUGGCAUGAAGAGCUCAAAAAUUGAAAUAACAGAAGGUCCUUUCCUUAUUUUUAUUGAAAGCUACGGGAAAUUUGAGUUGUAUGAUGAGGCUAUUGGCGUUCUUGACAUGAUGGAAAAUGAAUUUGGUGUGAAACCUGGCACGUUUAGCUACAAUAUCUUGCUGAAUGUUCUCGUUGAUGGCGCUAAGUUGAAACUAGUUGAAAAUAUCCACUCUAGGAUGUUGACCAGAGGUGCAAAUCCUGAUGUUUCAACCUUCAAUGUAUUGAUAAAGGCCCUCUGCAAAGCUCAUCAAAUUAGGCCGGCUAUUCUGAUGAUGGAGGAGAUGCCUCACCAUGGUUUAGUACCGGAUGAGAAGACUUAUACGACAAUAAUGCAAGGUUUUAUUGAGGAAGGCAAUCUGGAGGGCGCAUUGAGAGUAAAAGGGCAAAUGGAGGCUGUUGGGUGCGCAUCUAGCAAUAUAACAGUAAACGUUUUGACACAUGGCUUUUGUAAAGAGGGAAAGAUUGAGCAAGCUUUGGAGUUCAUUCAAGAGAUGGCGAGUGAGUGGUUUCAUCCUGAUCAAUUUACAUACAAUACCUUAAUCAAUGGUUUGUGUAAAGCAGGGCAAGUGAAGCAUUCUAUAGAGGUGUUGGACUUGAUGCUUCAAGAAGGAUUUGAUCCGGAUGUAUUUACAUACAAUAGUUUGAUUUCAGGACUUUGUAAAAUCGGUGAAGUUGAAGAGGCAAAGGAAGUUCUCAAUCAGAUGCUUUCAAGGGACUGCUCCCCUAACGCAGUAACAUACAAUACUAUCAUUAGCACCUUGUGUAAGGAGAACAGAGUGCAAGAAGCUACUAAUCUUGCUCGUGCUCUUACAGAAAAGGGAAUUUUUCCUGAUGUUGGCACAUUCAACUCACUGAUACAAGGUCUCUGCUUGACUGGCAACUACCAUAGUGCAAAAGAACUGUUUGAGGAGAUGAAGGGCAAAGGGUGUCGACCAGAUGAGUUCACAUAUAACAUGUUGAUUGACUGCCUUUGUAGCGGAGGGAAAAUGAAUGAAGCUUUCAACGUGCUAAAGGAGAUGGAAUUAAGUGGUUAUGCGAGAAGUGCUAUAACUUACAACACACUGAUAGAUGGUUUCUGCAAAAAUAAGAAACUCGAAGAAGCAGAAGAGAUUUUCGACGAAAUGGAGCUUCAAGGUGUUUCAAGAAAUUUGGUGACUUACAACACCCUUAUUAAUGGUCUUUGUAAGAGCAACAAGGUGGAGGAGGCUUAUCAGCUCAUGGACCAUAUGAUAAUGGAAGGUUUAAAACCAGACAAAUUUACAUACAAUUCCCUUCUUUCACAUUUCUGUAGAGGGGGAGAUAUCAAGAAAGCAACAGAAAUUGUUCAAAGCAUGACUUCAAAUGGGUGUGGACCAGAUAUUGUCACCUAUGGGACCUUAAUUCAGGGCCUGUGUAAAGCAAAUAGAGUUGAGGUUGCAAGCAAGCUCCUCAGAAGUAUCCAGAUGAAAGGGAUGGUACCAGGCCCGCAGGCAUAUAAUCCUGUAAUUCAAGCACUGUUCAGAAGGAAGAGAACAGGAGAAGCCAUGAGACUUUUUAGAGAAAUGGAGGAAAAUGGACAUCCUCCUGAUGCUAUCUCAUACAAGAUCGUCUUCCGAGGGCUCUGCAUGGGAGGAGGACCAAUUGGAGAAGCUGUUGAUUUUGCCAUGGAGAUGACUGAAAAGGGUUAUAUUCCAGAAGUUUCUUCAUUCUACAUGCUGGCUGAAGGCCUUUGUUCUUUAGCCAUGGAGGAUAUCCUAAUCAAGCUGGUUGAGAAGAUUAUGAGGAUAGCAAACUUCUCAGAAAGUGAGAAGGCCAUGAUAACGGGUUUCCUCAAAAUUCGCAAGUUCCAAGACGCUCUGGCCAGUCUUGGCAACAUGCUGAAUAAGCAAAAACCUAAGAAGAGUUACUGGUCAAGAUGAAAGUGCCCGAUUGAUCUAUGAGGAUAGCAAACUUCUAGGAGGAUAUCCUAAUCAAGCUGGUUGAGGGGAUAGCAAACUUCUCAGAAAGUGAGAAGGACAUGAUAACGGGUUUCCUCAAAAUUCGCAAGUUCCAAGACGCUCUGGCCUGUCUUGGCAAUAUGCUCUGAAUAAGCAAAAACCCAGGAAGAGUUACCGGCCAAGAUGAAAGUGAUAAUUCAGUUCCUUCAAACCCUUCCUGUUGUUGCCCAUUUAACUCCAUCAAGAAUUCAAGUGUGGUAACACUAGUUCAAACUAUAUCAUUUCAAGGUGGCUUAGUGACGCACCUGGGUCUUCAAUGAUCAGUACAGUGAUGACAUUUUGCUCUUGUUCUGACGUGAGAAAAUUCGUAUAUGCGUUAACAAUUUUCAGUACAACUUUCUCUUCUUGGCCAUUUUA